AUGGCGCAGAGAGUUCCCAAAUCUGGAUAUGCUCGCUUCCUAAAAGAGGGCGCUCAGCAUUUCAAAGGAACUGAUGAGGCUGUGAUCCGAAAUAUCGAUGCUUGCGUUGAGUUGGCAUCGCAAUUGCGAUCGGCUUAUGGACCAAACGGUAUGAACAAGAUGGUGAUCAAUCACAUCGAGAAGCUCUUUGUGACAAAUGAUGCGGCCACAAUUUUGCGUGAAUUGGAUGUGCAGCAUCCAGCAGCUAAAAUCAUCAUCAUGGCUUCGCAGAUGCAGGAAAAGCAAGUUGGAGACAACACGAAUACGGUUGUUAUCUUGGCAUCGGCUCUUCUUGAACAUGCUAAUGUGUUGAUCAACAUGGGAUUAACGCCACAAGAAGUUGCCGCGGGAUACGAGCAAGCCGCUGAAAAGGCUCUUGAGAUUCUUCCCGAGCUAGUCAUCGAUGAAGCAAAGGAUUUCAAAGAUUUGGACAAAGUCAAGCAAUUGAUCCGGUCAGCGAUCACUUCAAAGCAAUACGACAAUGAAGAUAUCAUUGCUGAUCUGGUAGCAAAGGCGUGUGUAAUCACUGUGCCGGCGAACAGCUACAAUUUUAACGUUGACAAUAUUCGCAUUUGCAAGAUUCUUGGUUCCGGUGUUUCUGCCUCUCAGGUGAUGAACGGAAUGGUUUUCAAGCGAGGAGCCGAAGGAAACAUAAGACAAGCUUCUAACUGUCGAGUGGCCGUUUUUACUUGUCCGUUCGAUCUAACGCAAACGGAAACAAAGGGAACUGUGCUAAUUGAAAAUGCCGACGAGUUAAUGGGCUAUGCAAAGGGUGAGGAGACCGAAGUUGAGGCUCAAGUGAAGGCUCUUGCUGAUCUUGGUGUAAAUGUGGUUGUCGCUGGUGGAAAGUUUGGCGAUCUUUAUCUGCACUUUUUAAACAAGUACAACAUUAUGGGCGUUCGACUAACUUCAAAAUUCGACAUGAGACGUUUGAGCAAAACACUUGGAGCCCAAGCGCAAGCCCGAAUUUGUGCUCCACCGGUCGACUUGCUGGGACAAUGCGAUGAGGUAUUCGUGAAGGAAAUCGGAGAUGAAUAUGUGACCGUAUUUGACAAGAAGGGAGAGAAAGGACAAGUCGCUACAAUUAUCAUUCGUGGCUCUUCUCAAUCACGUAUUGACGAUGUUGAGCGUGCAAUUGAUGACGCUGUCAAUACUUACAAGGCGCUGACAAAGGAUGGCAAGGUUGUGGUUGGAGCAGGAGCUGUUGAAAUUGAACUUGCGUCACAAAUCGAAAAGUGGGGAGACAAAUGCCCGGGUUUGGAGCAAUACGCGAUCAAAAAAUUCGCUUCAUCUCUUGAAACUCUCCCCAAGUCCCUUGCUGAGAAUGCCGGCCUAGAUGCGAAUGAAAUUUUGAAUAAGCUUUAUGCUGCACACGAGAAAGGCGAGAAGAACUGGGGAGUCGACAUCUUUAAUCGUGGCGUUUUCGACGCUAAAGAAGCUAACAUCUAUGAUCUCUAUGCUGGCAAACGAAGCGCCAUCAAACUUGCCACCGAUGCAGCCGCAACAAUUCUCAAGGUGGAUCAAAUCAUCAUGAUGAAACAAGCAUCUGGUGGCCCGAAACCUCGCCCGCCAAAACCACAAGAUGAGGAAGAUGCUGAUGGAAUGGCC